GUUGGGCAAUUUUUUCAUCUAUGGUGGUAGCGGCGUUUUUCUAUAAGCUUAAGUUUUUGGUUAAAAAAAACUCUAGCUCGUUACAAUUUAACAAUUUCAUCAUUUAUCACAAUGUCAUCUUUAGUACCGUAUUCUAUUAAUCCCAAAAGUCGUGAUGUAAUUCCUAAAAGCAAAGUUUUGGUGGUCGGUGCAGGAGGAAUAGGUUGUGAGGUUUUAAAAAAUUUGGCUCUCUCUGGAUUUCAAGAUAUCGAAAUUAUUGAUUUAGAUACUAUUGACGUGAGCAAUCUCAAUAGGCAAUUUUUGUUCCGGAAGGAACAUGUUGGCAAACCAAAAGCAGUGGUAGCUCGUGAAAGCAUACUUGCAACCAACCCCAAUGUAAACAUUAAAGCUUACCAUGAUAGUGUCCUAAGCUCAGAUUAUGGAGUUAAUUUUUUCAAAAAUUUCAAUUUGGUGAUAAAUGCCUUGGACAACAGGACUGCCAGGAAUCAUGUUAAUCGGAUGUGUUUGGCAGCUGAUGUUCCCUUGAUAGAGUCUGGCACGUCUGGAUAUUCUGGACAAGUAGAAUUAAUUAAAAAGGGUGUUACACCAUGUUACGAAUGUUUACCAAAACCUCCGCAAAAAACUUAUCCAGGGUGUACUAUUCGUAACACCCCUUCUGAGCCUGUUCAUUGCAUUGUUUGGGCCAAGCACUUAUUCAAUCAGUUGUUUGGUGAAGAUGAUCCAGACCAAGAUGUGUCUCCAGAUUCAGAGGACCCAGAAGCAAGAGUUGAUGGGGAAACUAGUGUAACUGAAUCUGGCAACAUUAAAAGAAUUUCCACUAAGCAGUGGGUGCAAGACUCAAAUUAUGACCCCCAAAAAUUAUUUAAUAAAUUUUUCCAUGAUGAUAUUAAGUAUUUAUUAAGCAUGGAAAAUUUGUGGAAAUCUCGUACACCUCCAACUCCUUUGUUGUGGGAAGACGCGGUUUCUUUAACCGAUGGUAAAACCAAUGGAGAUGGGAAUGACGUCCGAACUGUAGAUAUGCAAGUGUGGUCAGUCGCCAAAUGUGCCAGAGUGUUUGCGGACACCAUUGCUUUGCUAAAAAAUGAGCUCGCUGAGAAAAAAUUUCUAUUGUGGGACAAAGAUGAUAAAGCAGCCAUGGAUUUUGUCACCGCCUGUGCUAACCUUCGCUCUAAGGUGUUCAACAUUGUUCAAAAAUCGAGGUUUGAGAUAAAAUCAAUUGCCGGUAACAUAAUACCCGCUAUAGCAACUGCCAAUGCUAUGAUCGCGGGGUUGGUCGUCUUGUACGCUUUCAGAGUUCUCGUCGGUGAAUAUAAAAAAUGUCCAUCUAUCUACUUACGUCAGAAAUCAAUUCAUUCAAAGCUAAUUUUGGUGACUGACACGCGAAUGCUAGUAGCGAAUCCGCACUGUUAUGUUUGCAGCCCCAAACCCCUAGUAAACGUUUUCGUUAAUGUGGAAAAAAUGUUAGUGAAGGAGUUUGAAAAUGAUGUAUUGAAAAAGCAUUUAAAUAUGGUCGCCCCCGAUGUCGUACUAGAUGGCAAAGGCGUGGUGGUAAUUUCGUCUGAGGAGGGAGAAACAGAGGCCAACGAUAACAAAACAUUGUCGGAAAUGGGAAUUUUGGAUGGGAGUAUAUUAAAAUGCGACGAUUUCUUGCAAAAUUAUGAACUCACCGUUGUGGUUAAUAUGAAUGAUGCCAAUGAAAAAGACGAUCCGCCGUUUAAAAUAAUUGCCAACCCUGAAGAUCUGAAAGCAAAGGAAGAUAAAAACGGUUUGCAGAAUGGAUUGCCUGCCAAUGGACCAGAAAAUGAUGAUGAUGAUGAUGAUGAUCUGAUGAUUGUCGAUGACGAAGAUAUUAGUCAUGAUCCGCAAGAAGGCUCUUCAAGGAAAAAGAGAAGGUUGAAUACUGAUAGCGAUGAUGACAUUGUCGAAGUUCCUUUGUAAUUUCUUCUAUUAUCAUGUGAAGGCAUUCUUAUCCCUAUUAUUGGGUUCGUGAUUUUCUAUUCUCAAAAAGUAUUUUCUUACUUUCUAAUAAUUUUUUUCUGAAAUAAAAUAUCUUUUUCUUCAGUUUUACUUUUUAUUUCUUGUGAAGCUGAUUCCUUGUCUAUUGUUUGUUCCAAUUAUGGUAAGCAAAAUUAAACCUGUCCAAUUGUUCUAUAUAUUUUUAAAAUGAGGCAGAAGAAACGCUGUCCUCAAACUAAAGGUCAGUGGCGUAGAUAGAACAUUUUAGUUCCAUAUAUUUUCUAAAUAAAAUGAUCCUCAUACUUUUAGAUUUGUUGUUCAUUUUUUUAGAAAGUGUUCUUUAGGUAGGUAGGUACCCUUUUUUAAAAAAAAAAUUGAGUAAAGGUUAAGAAUAGUCAAAAAACACAUUUCAAUACUUGAUAAAAGUAGAGCAGAAUUUCAUAAACAAUUUUGAUAUUUUCCCAAUGUCCACAUUUUUGGAUUGUUUUUUGUUUCUUUUUUUAUGUUUUACUAAAAAUUCGCUUCUUUUUCAAAGAAAGUACAAGAGCAGUAAUUUGUAGAAAAUCAAAACAAUAUCGCGACUGUUGUAAAUAACGUCAGACAACGUUUGUAUAAAUCCUUGUGUGCAAUUUCAAUUUUUUUUAUGACCCUUACAAUUCACCAAAGACGAGGUUUUAUUUUUGGUCACCAUUUUGUAGAUUACCCUUAAUUCAUGUUUGUAAAAUUUAAAAUUAAUAAGUUUAUGUAUUAAGCAAUCACAAUACAUAAAAUAAAACUUGAUUUGGAAGCAAAGAUUCGAGUUUGGUGAUAAGGGCUAAACUUUUGGUGUUAUAUGCAAAUUUAAGGUAGAAAAUAAAUCGUAUUUAU